UGUGCCACCAUUUUGCUGGCUCGUGCCUCGGUCUCACGGCCAUUUUUGUUGCGUCGACGUCAGUGUACGGCCACGGGCCUCUCGCGCUUUCCUAGCAUUACAAUUUAGCAAGUUAUCCACGGAAUCUCUUCGUAAUCGCGUGUAGCGAGGGACUGAUCCGGCACGCGCCGUUUUUCGGUAAAAGCGAGAAAAGGCCGUCUGUCGUCGCAGAAACUGUCGGCGAGAAGCGUAAAUCAGGCCGCGUAGACAACAAAGACAGAGAAGAGGCAGGCAGAGAGCGCGUUGGUUGGGACGCGUCGAGAACUUUUUCGGCCCGAGUGUGAGGCGCGCGUGUGUGUGUGUCAGAAGAGACGGAAAGAGAGCUAAAAGAGAGCUUCAAGCGACAGAGCUGCGAAAACUACGCACCGAGGCAGAGUAAUAUGAGUAAUGCAGCCAACCAGAAUGGAUCAGGUCUAGAGCAGCAGUUAGCUGGUCUGGACUUGCAGGGCUCCCGCCAGGGUCGCUACGUUCCACCGCAUCUUCGUCAUAAAGCUGCAAGUGAGUGUAAUCCACCUUCGGAUUUAAAUUAUUCUUCCAAUUCAAGAUCGUUUGGCGACAGAGACAGAGGUGGAGAUCGCGAUCGUGAAAGGGACCGGGAUCGUGAUAGGGGCAGAGGCGGUUAUCGAGACUCACGAAGUCCUCGAAUCGACACUGAUUUCGCGAACUUUGGGAGUUUCGGCGGGCGCAAUAGGCGCAGUCAGGAAAAUGGAAGGGAUUUCCCAAGAUAUCCCAAUUCUGAGCGCGAUCGACCAAUUAGUGGUAAUGAUCGCUGGCAGGAGCCUACUAGAAAUGAUCGCUGGCAAGAGAGAAAUGACAGGAUGGGUGGUAGCGGAAGAUGGGGAGACGAUAGAGGUGGCAGAGGAAGAGGCGAGGUCGACUGGACGAUACCGACUACCAGAGACGAACGAUUGGAGUUGGAGCUGUUUGGUACUGGCAAUACUGGGAUUAAUUUUAGCAAAUACGAGGAUAUCCCAGUUGAGGCUACCGGAGAAAACAUACCGCCACACAUCACAUCUUUUGACGAGGUUAAGCUGACAGAGAUAAUAAAGAACAGCAUCGCCUUGGCAGGAUAUGACAAGCCUACUCCAGUGCAAAAGUACGCGAUACCGAUCAUCAUCGGACGCCGUGACGUGAUGGCCUGCGCUCAAACUGGGUCCGGUAAAACAGCGGCCUUUUUAGUGCCAAUAUUGAAUCAGAUUUACGAGAGCGGGCCGCGACCGCCACCAGUGCAGGCGAAUUCUUCUGGUAGGCGUAAACAGUAUCCGUUGGGACUAGUAUUGGCUCCCACGAGGGAACUUGCUACGCAGAUAUACGACGAAGCGCGGAAAUUCGCGUACCGAUCGCGUAUGCGUCCCGCGGUCGUAUAUGGCGGUUCCAAUAUAGUAGACCAAAUGCGCGAAUUAGAUCGGGGUUGCCACUUACUUGUGGCAACGCCGGGACGUCUGGUAGACAUGUUGGGACGCGGUAAAAUCGGCUUACACAAUUGUCGAUAUUUGGUUUUGGACGAGGCAGAUCGCAUGCUGGACAUGGGUUUUGAGCCGCAAAUAAGACGUAUCGUCCAAGAAGACAACAUGCCGCCGACUGGAGAGAGACAGACUCUCAUGUUCUCUGCUACUUUUCCAAAAGAGAUUCAAAUGCUGGCUAGAGACUUUCUUAGCAACUAUAUUUUCUUGGCGGUUGGUCGAGUAGGUUCAACCUCCGAGAAUAUUACGCAGAAGAUUGUAUGGGUGGAGGAACAUGAUAAACGUUCAUACUUGCUUGAUUUAUUACAAGCUAGCAACUUUUCAGAUCCUACUGCAGAGUCGCUUACUUUGGUGUUCGUUGAGACAAAGAAAGGAGCUGAUAUGCUUGAAGAAUAUUUGGCCUCAAUGGGGUAUCCAGUCACUAGUAUUCAUGGUGAUAGAACUCAGCGCGAACGUGAAGAAGCCUUGCGUCGUUUCCGCGCGGGCAAAGCACCGAUUCUGGUUGCAACUGCAGUGGCGGCUCGUGGUCUCGAUAUACCACAUGUUAAACACGUCAUCAAUUUUGAUUUGCCUGGAGACGUUGAGGAAUACGUUCAUCGUAUCGGUCGUACUGGUCGUAUGGGCAAUUUAGGUUUGGCCACUUCGUUCUUUAAUCACAAGAAUCAUAAUCUGGUACGCGAUUUGGUGUCUUUGCUUAUCGAAGCCAAUCAGGAACUUCCACCCUGGCUAGAUGACAUGUAUACCGAAGCCAGAUAUUCUGGAGGUGGAUCUCGACGUCCCGGAGGCGGCGGUGGCGGCGGCGGUGGUGGCGGCGGCGGCGGCGGCGGCGGCGGUGGCACCAAGGGACGAUUCAGCGGAGGUGGAUUUGGUGCAAGAGAUUAUCGUCAACAACCCAGUUCUGGACCUGGUCGUAGCAAUGGACCCUCUCGACCUAGCGGUUACGGAGGUGGUUAUUCAAGUUACGGAGGUAAUUAUAAUAAUUCAUCGUACAAUAAUUCCACUAACAAUGGCAAUAGUGGCCCUGAUUGGUGGGGAGCAUGGGAUAAGUAGACGAUUAUUUCCAUCUCUAUUUCUACUUCUAUCAUUAUUAUUAUUAUUACUGUACACGCAAAUUCAAUUAUAUGUAAGGAAAAUACACGACAUUAUUACGUCUGACACAUUACAAGCACGUGUUUUGCGCGCGUUAUAUACAUAAAGCGCAAAGUACAGACAGUUUCAUGUAAUAAUACGUAUUCACGUUUUUGCUAACUGCCUGUGCACAUCGAUUUUUCGAUGUAAAAGCAGAAAAAGAAUACUUAUAUUGUUUAAAUUUCCACUAUAUUACACAUUUGUUCAUGCGCGACGUUUGUGACAAAUCCUGCGUGCAAUUAAGUAUUCUUGCCGGUGAAUGACCGGGGGAAUAUUUCGAACGUAAAUGAUCUCACCAUACAAGAAAAAAAAGCGAGUAUCAUAAAUGGGAUUUGUUCAACACUAUUAGUUAGAGAUCCAUCCAACAUUUCGUUGCCGUGACGUGCUGAGAAACACACGUAGUAUAUAAUCACUAACGAAUCAAAUCGAUAAAUCGUUAAUGCCUGUUUGAAGGUAAUGACGAUGUAACACAUAGUAGAUGGUGAAACUUAGUAAAUUUUUUAGAACUCCUGUCGAGACUAUAUGGGGCUCAUUGUAGCUUUAUCGUUUAUAUAUAUAUUUUUUUUCUUUUUUUCCAUAGGGGUGCGGUGGGCGUAUCUUCGGCGUAUCUAUCAAUGCUCGGCACAUGUUGUAAAACGUUUUAUAAUAAACGCUUUUAAUUGUCUUUUGCUAUCGUAAUGGCCAGUAGAAGAGUCGCGCAGUUUUUCUUCGAAUGCAUGACAUAAUUCUUUGGUUAACAAAUAUGCACGUUCAUUAAAUGGCCUAGGAUACGCCCAAUCUCCGUCACCACCAUAGAUACAUGACGAUUCCUUAUUAUUUUUUUUUUCCUUAAUUUACUGCGUAGUUCA